AAGCACGAGUCAAAUAUAAAUUUUGCGAUUCAGAAAACUAUAUGUCACAUUGUUGAUCCUCUGCAAAAUGACACAACAUUCUAUGAUGGAAUAAUGCAUCUUCUGGUAUUACAAGAGAAAUUACAGCUUAUAUUAAAUUACAGCUUAUAUUAAUAUGAAAUAUAGUAAGAUGACCUUUUUUCCCUUGAUUUUUUUUUUUUUUGGGCUUAGGUAUGGAUUUUGAAUAAAUUCUUGAAUAAGGAUUGGAGCUGGACUUUUUAUCUUGUAAAUCAUAAUUCACGACAGAAGGAUGCAUCAAGUUGUGGUGUUUAUACAUUGAAAUUUAUACAAUGUUGGGCAAUGGGACGCACACCCAACAUUACUAAAUCAGUAAGUACACAAAUGCUUGUUGUCAGACUCAUGCUAGUUUAUUGCAUCCAACUAAUAUUUGUAUAUCAGACUCAUGCUAGGAUUGCUAGGAAGUUUAUGGCCUUGGAGAUUGCAAUGAGUAAACUGGCAGACCCCUUCAAUUAUGCUUCCUUUUUGAAUGAGAAUAAAUUGGGAAAGGAGACUGAGGUCCAAGGAGUGCAAACUGAAAGGCCACUUGCUAGGAUAACUCGAGCUGCUUCUCGAAAGGCUUCAAAUAGCAAACUCCUAAUUCUGGACCUGAAUGGGGUGAUUUUAGCCAAGAAUUCCAAUGACAGAUAUGACUUUAAAUUCAGGCCAUAUACCCAUGAAUUUUUGAAAUUCUGCUUCUCAUGUUUUAAUGUGGCAAUUUGGUCAUCAAAACAAUGGCAUAAUGUUCAACGUGUAAUAAAAAAUCUGCCACAUUUUAAAUGGGAGUUUGUUUGGGUGAGACUUCAUUUGUCAUUAUCAGAAUUUGUAGAAUCAGUCUCUUAGCAAAAUUUUGCAGAAUCAGUCUCUUAUUUUUGGGUAAUGUUCCAUUGGAUACUGCUGUAUUUUACAGAAUCAGGCUCACUGCACUGUAGUCGAAACCAAAACUAAAGAAAAUUCAGAAAAAAAGAUUAUGUUUAAGGACUUGAGGAAAGUUUGGAAAGAUUUUGAGCAAUAUGGUCUGUCUAACACAUUGUUAGUCGAUGAUUCUCCAUAUAAAUCAUUCCUUAAUCCUGUAAGUAUACUUGUUAUGUGACAUAUUCUUGUACUCUGUUCUGGAUGAUGCUCUAAUUUUUUUCCUUUGCUGAAUUUUUUAGAGAUACAAUGCCAUCUUCCCCGAAUCUUA